CACAGACCAAAAGUCCCGGAUGUUAUUGUUUGGAAACUUUUGAUUACAACGUUGCAUUUUGUGUAAAUAAUGACGUUAAUUGGUGUAUAAAUUCGUAGUGAUAAAUUUAUCAUUUAGAUUAAUAAGAUGCGAGUUAAUGAUGAAUGAAGAAGAACAAGAAGAUUUACCUCAAAUAGAGGAGAGACCUUCAAGUAGUAAUCUUGAAUUAGAGUACGACACAGAUGGGAGUUCUGAAUCAGAUAGUUCUGACAAGGAGGUUGUCUCCCCAUUAGCUGUUGGUUCUGCAAAACCUGUCAAAGGAGAGGCAUUCUGUGACUGUUAUAAAACUGGAAGAGAAAAAGAAUGCAUUUGUGGGGAAGAUGAUGCUUACUUUGAGUGGAAAUGGGACAACAAUUCAAAGUCUGCAGCAAGUUUUUUGAAGCAUGAUCAGCGUGAAGUGGUGUUUCAUGUGGAUUAUAGCUGUGGUACAGCAGCUGUUAGAGGAAGUCAAAUCAUGGGAGAAGAUCAGUAUUACUGGGAAGUCAAAAUGACAACUCCUGUUUAUGGCACUGACAUGAUGGUAGGCGUAGGUACAGUAGAUUUAGAUCUGAACAAAUACCGUCACAAAUUUUGUAGUCUUGUAGGACGAGACGGAGAUAGUUGGGGUUUAUCAUACACAGGCAUGCUUCACCAUAAGGGCCAUAAACAGACAUAUUCAUCAAAGUUUGGACAAGGAACCAUUAUUGGAGUACAUUUAGAUAUGUGGCAUGGAACACUUUCAUUUUAUAAAAAUAGGAAACCGCUUGGUAUAGCAUAUAGAGGAUUACAAGGGAAACAGUUGUACCCAGUAGUGUCAUCAACAGCAGCUAGGAGUGGAAUGAAAGUGAUAAAAUGCCGAUCAUUUAAGACUUCAUUACAGUUCAUGUGUUGUCAGGUAUUACGGACAGUGAUUCCUGCACAUUUAGAUGUACUCAAAGUGAUAGACAUGCCCCCAGGCUUGAGAGAAUUUCUAGAAAAUAACAUUAGUUGGUUAUUACAGCCUAGCCCGUUUGAAACUCCGACAAAAAGUAGCUCAGAAAUUACUAGCUAUUCUAGGGGUACAAAGAGAAGACGUUCACAAGAUGAUUAUGAUGGGCCAUCCACAAGUAAAUGUGCAAGAUAACUUCAAUGCUAUAGUUCAGUACAUUUUAAAAUUCUGAAAUACAGGAAGGUUUUUUUAUGUGGCAAAGUCGUUCAUAGCUGACUUUGUUGUUGACUUGAAUCUGGCUUGUAACAUUGAAUUCUUUUAUUUGUGGAAAUUAUCCAACAAGUUUGCAUGAGGUCUUCAUUCACCAGUAAUGCUGCCAUGAAACUUUAUCUUUGUUAGAAUGACUUAAAACCCAAUUAUUGUUUUUCUACAACCUGCCUGCCUAUUGUUAGAUGCAUUCCAUAUUUCUUAAUUUGGAUUGUGAUGCUGCAUUGUUUAAGUCAAUCAUUUAUGAUGUUUUAGAUGAAGAGUUAGACUACUCUACCCUGCAUUUUAAUUCCUUCCAACAAAUAGGACAUUUCCUUUGGUCCAAUAAAAUUGACUAACUAUAUUGAUGCAGUCUUGAUUUCCACUCUAUAUUGAUGCCUGUAUGCUGCCAGCUUACAUUAUAUGUGUAAUCUAAGAUUUUGAAUUAUUUUGGUUGAUUUGAUUUGAUUUCACUUGUUUUGCUUUAUUGAAAAAAUGAAGUAUCAAUCAUUUAAGGCUUAAAAAAAUUUUGUUGUUGUUUUUUUAAAGGAGGAAGUAAAUAUGUCAUGGACAAUAGAAUUUUGAUUUUGUUAAUUAUUUUUAGUUUGGCAGAAAAUUCUUUCUUGAAGUUGCAUUUUGCUUAUUCAUUCGCUAGCAAAUUGAUGUGAAAUAGUUACCUAUUUUAAAAGAAUGACUACUGUAAUGAUGAUUUACUUAAAUUUGAUAUUGACAAAUCCAAAUGAAAUAUAAAAACUGCCUGUAUGUGAAAAGACUGCCCUACUCUUUUUAUCAGUUAACUAUAUCAAAAUAAAAUCAAGGUCUUUAAUCUAAUUUAAUACAGAAAGAUUACGCUGUUGAAAAAAUGCUUUAAUUUUUUUUUAAAUGUUAUUGCGAAGUGUUUGUAAGUUGUGUGAACAAAAAUGGAAAUGUGAUUGAAAUAAGCUAUUUUUGCAUAUAUUUUUUUCUUUGCUUUAGAUUUGUAUGCUUAUGUGUCUUGGCAGUUCAAACUAGAAUUAUUUUUUUAUAUAAAAUUGAUAGAUAAGAAAAAUUAUUUAUAGCAAAUACCUUAACAUGAAGUAUGAUUGACACUGUUUCAUCUAUGAAUAUUAUCUAUAAUUAUUGAUGAUAAAGAGUUUUUGUUAAGAAAUAGUAGCUUUUAAAUCAUCUUACAUGAGAUGGCAGACUCACGUUUUUAUGUUGUUUUUGUUGAGUCGUAUAUGUUGGUGUAACUCGAACCUUUACCACAUGGGUAUCUGUAUUCCAAUCAGCAUAUACAUCUUCAGUAAAGAUAUUAUUUGUCUAAUCUUGUAGUUUAUUUGAAUUCUCUCCAGUCUGCUUCCUGGAACUAACCAAUACUGGUCUUGUGUGAAGAAACAGUCUUAACUCUUGAACCAGGGACAGUCUGGCCUACUCAAACAAACACAGAUAGUUGAUGAUUCUUUUUUAAUAGAAAAUGGAUAUGGUGACUCAUCAGGUAUACUUCUUACCAUCAAGUUAAAUACAUGAAGUUGCCAUUUGGUAAAAUUGCAUGUAACAGGUGUCUGUAAUGCAAAUAAAAAGAAAACAACCAAAAAGCCACAUUUAGUUAAUAACCAAAGAACUAGUGGUUAAUAGUAUGAAUAAAUGACCCUUUUACAAUUAAUAGCAACUUUUAAGACAUGUUUACUUUGUUUUUGUUCUCAGAAGAUAACACAUUAUAUGUGUCAAAAAUCAAGGUUUCUUAAGUGGAACAGUACAUUUCCUAUGUUAUUUCUAUCCUCACACAGGCAAUAAUAUGGAUUUUCAUUAUAAGGAAACAUUUCCUUUUAUUGAAUUAUUACAGAAUUGUUAAAUGUUGUUUUUUUACUAGUACUUAUAUAUCAUUGUAAUG